AUGCGUGCGAACGAUAUCCUGUCAAUGGUACUCGUAACCAAACUUCUUCUUAACAGAGACGCAUCCUCGACGCCGACAAACUACUUGCUCUCGAAUCCGCACUCGCUCAUCGAUGACGACAAGAACGACGAAAUACAAGCUUUGCGUGUUGGCGAUGAAAGCGAUAUCCAAGAAGAGAGAGGUCAGACUUUGACCUUUGACUCAGUGCUGAAGCAUAUUCCAUGGACAAAUGCCCACGAGGCUGCCAGAGCUGCCGAAGCUGCCAGAGUUGCCGAAGCUGCCAGAGUUGCCGAAGCUGCCAGAGUUGCCGAAGCUGCCAGAGUUGCCAGAGAUGCCGAAGCUGCCAGAGUUGCCGCAGCUGCCAGAGAUGCCGAAGCUGCCAGAGUUUCCGAAGCUGCCAGAGUCGCCGAAGGUGCCAGAGUCGCCGAAGCUGCUGAAAUUGCCGAAGCUGUCAGAGUCGCCAAAGCUACCAAAGAUGCUGAUCCCCUUCAUUUUGCGCUUGCACCCGAGCCUGACUAG